AUUCCUUUGGACAUUAGGGGCUUGGGGCUUACCGGUASAUCUCUCUCGCGUGGAAGUCAAGAUGGCGGUCGACAACGAAAAUGAACAUAGGGAUGAAGAAUUAAACGAAGAAACGACCAACGACGACCCUGAAGAAGACGAAGAGCAAGAAGAAGGAGGGGAAGACGAGGCUGAAGAAGACGAGGAGGAUGAGGAAGAAACCGAAGAUCCGAUGGAAAGUAUACGUGAAAAAUGCGAAGAAAAGCCYGAGUGCUCAAAGCUGAAAUUGGACUUCUCUAACUGCGAAGAACGUGUUAGCAGUAAAUCCAAUACCGCCGAGACUUGUGCUCAAGAAUUAUUAGAUUUUCUUCAUUGUCGGGAUCAUUGUGUUUCAAAGAAUUUAUUCCACAAACUCAAGUGAUGCAGUUGUACAAUGUUAGGCCUUAUGUAAAGCAACAGUAUUUGUAAUUCAUUAUACACAAGAUUGCAGCUCUCUUCACAUGUUCUAAAAUGGAUGGUUUUUUGGUAUACCACAAUAACUUUAAUUGUGUAUGAUCAUUUUAUGAUACAUUGUGUGGACUUUUAUGAAUAAAUAAACAUUUAUGAUUGAUUUU